GAAGUCUCGCGUUAUGUGGCCAUAGACAUGUCUGAGUCGGCGUUGGAGGAGGUUGCAGCGUUGUCUGCGAUAUACUGUAGGGUCGGGGAAUGUGAAGUACUCUCCAGUUCAGUAAAUGGAAUAACAGUAAUGAUUCAGACAGGCGUGCAAGGGAUAACAGGAUCAGAAAUUCAUCUAAAGCUUAUUUUUGACCUGCCAGUUGAAUAUCCAUCCAGCCUGCCCAAUAUUUCUGUCAGCUCUGAAGAACUUACCAGAGCUCAGCGUAAAGACUUGAGGGACAAAUUGGUUGAACAAGCUAAGCAGCAUAUAUUGGAACCUAUGAUACAUGACUUGGUUGUGUGGACACAACAGAAUCUAAACAACCUCAUUGUGCAACCUGAACCAUCUAUCUUAGAGGGACAUUUCCCUCUCUCAUUAGACACCAUAACAGAAGAGACGACAUGGACAAUUCUUUUGCGUUUAGAUCACAUGAGGGCUAAGAGCAAAUAUGUCAAAACUGUGGAAAAAUGGACAAAUGACUUGAAGUUGUGCGGAAGACUAAUGUUCUUGGGCAAGUUAAUACUGAUUCUUCUUCAAGGGGACAGAAAAAGCACCAGGGAUUAUUUAGUGCUCCAGAAAACCUGUAAAGUAGAUGUGGACUCAAGUGGAAAGAAAUGCAAAGAGAAAAUGAUCAGUGUUCUCUGUGAAACCAUAUUACCGCUGAAGCAGAAAAGAUUUACUACAUUUGAAGUUAAAGAAUAUUCAUCAGUAAGUGAUUUGCAAAAGGAGUUUGAAGCAGCGGGACUUCAGACAAUUUUCUCUGAAUUUGUGCAAGCUCUUUUCUAAUGGAUGGAAAGUACAUCGGUAUCUGAGGGAAGCUCACUUGCUGGCAGAAAGAGCCAACGAUAUGAAAAGCAGUUGGUGCCAAAAAAUGGAAGCACUCUGCUGCGAUAAGUCUGUCCUGAUCUUAUUUAGUACAAAAGGCUAGUACCACCAAAAUGAUAUUUUUAUAGCACUCGGCGCUUAACAUUAUGUGGAUGGCUGAAAAUUAGGGGUGUCGUAGUCCAGCAGCAGCUAAAACCCAUCAGUAAGGCGUCCCAUCUGAAAAGAAGAGCAGCUGAUCCUAUGUAUAAAAUCAGUAGUGGGAAACGUGACAUUUACUAGUAAGGACAUUACCACUGUUCCAAGAGGUGGAAUGUAAUGGCUGUUGUUAAGGCAAAAAUAUGUAUAAUGCAAAAAAUGAUUUCAUUGUGCAAGCAAUCUUACCUUUUCUUGAAUUAAAUGUAGCUUUUGUGAACACAGGAAAAUAUUUAGUGGCCCCAGGUGCACGAGAAAGAGAAAUUGCAUAUUUUAUGCUCCAGUGUGCACCUUAUGUAGUAAAGCUUCUUACUGAAAAAUUAAUUGUAGUUAAAAUGUUCAUUAUAACAGUGGUCUAAUGAAGAAUAUUUCA